AUGGGACUGUGGCACAUUGUGUUCCCUGUCAUUGCACUCUUCCUAGCGGCUGCACAGGUGGCAGCCCUCUCCAGUGCCCAGGCGACGCCGGCAGCAGGUCUGGCGCCCCCGGCCUCGGCUGUGACGCCCGCCCAGCGCUCGGCCGCGCCACACAUCGCGCCGACGGCGCCUGCGCUGGAGCGGCGCAUCACACGGUCCGUGCCCCUCUCCACGCUCCCGACUGCGGCGGUGUACAUACCUGACCUCAAGGGUGUCGUGAAUCCGGACGGCGAAACGUCCUUGUACUACUAUGGCCCAGGCUACUACCCCGAGUCGACGGUCUAUGCGCUGGUCACCGGCAAGCCGGGCGAGGGCGACGGGCCGAAAACGACGUACCUGUACGAAGGCCCGACCGAGGCCUACCUCGUCAACAUCCUGCGCACUGCCGACCUUGACGACGGAAAUGGCACCAUCACAGGGCAGUUCAACGUCAAGUGUCGGUACUCGCAAGGGCUCGGCAAGGACGGCUACUGCCAGUACCAGCGGAUGACGACGCAAGGCACGACGAUCUUUUCCACGUUCAAUACCACUGCGCAGGCGCAGACGACUUUUACGCCUGUGCGCGGCGAGAUUCAGCGGGUGCGGCAGUCGCAAGAUACCCACACGUUGACCAACGUCGCGUUCCCCAACACCAACGUUCAGAACGCUGCUGUGCGCAUGCGCCCGCUCUGCCUUGAUACCAAAUGCACAUCGCUCACGACCCUUUUGCUCGGAAGCGCGCUGGCUGUGCUCCUAGCGGCCUUGGUUGUCUUGUAA